AUGGCCUUGACUUUUUCUCUCAGCGAUCUUAGGGAGCGCAUUGACACUACAACUCGAGCCUUUUUGUCGGCCUUUGAAGAAGGUGCAGCUUGCAAGGAUGCCUCCAUCAUCAACCGGGACGUUACGACCGACUGUACCCGCCAUAUGCUCCCGGCGUCCGUACCCAAGGCUUUUGGCCUGCCAGUAGACCUUUCUCUCGACACCACGAGCUUUCAAGAGAUGUUUGCCAAGGACAUCAGAGUGUUGACUUUCAAGACUAACGUCAUCUCCAAUCUGGUCGUUGAUACUGAGGCCCGCAGGGCUGCAUUUACAUCUCUUGCAGAUGUGCAUACUCUUAGUGGAGAGUCGUUUCCCGUCGAGCAGGCAUGGAUUUUGUACUUUAAUGAGGAUGGACCUAAGGUCAAGAAAGUGGUUGAGUUCUGCGAUAAGGACGCCAUAUUGAAGAUGGCAAACACAACCAGCUCAUCAUUGCACAACACCUUGUGA